AUCGAACAAGCGGAGUCGCCUAGGACCAGGCAUAGUGGAAAUGAUCCCGGAGAGAACAUCUUGAAUGAAGCCAGGAAGUCAGCGGGCCAGUGAUUGUACCGGGGCUCUGCGGUUGGCGUGGCUGAGGUUGAGGCCACAAGUUACUGAGGAAGUUAAUUGUUGACAGGAGCUUCGUACUCGGCUCACAACCACGCACAGUGGGCUUCCUCCCAGUACCCCCCCCUUGCCCCUGGGCCUAACCCUGCCCUGGAGGCGGACUCGCGGGAGAGGCGGGAGGCGGAACGCCCGAGGGCGCCCUCGGCUGGCGCGGAGCUGCGCAGGAGGCUGACGCGCUAGCGUGGCUCUGAGACGCGUCACCCACGCUGCGGGCAAGCCAUGGCGGGAAGCGAGCCGCGCCGCGGAACUAACUCGCCGCCGCCGCCCUUCAGCGACUGGGGCCGCCUGGAGGCGGCCAUCCUCAGCGGCUGGAAGACCUUCUGGCAGUCAGUGAGCAAGGAGAGAGUGGCGCGUACGACCUCGCGGGAGGAGGUGGAUGAGGCGGCCAGCACCCUGACGCGGCUGCCGAUUGAUGUGCAGCUAUAUAUUUUGUCCUUUCUUUCACCUCAUGAUCUGUGUCAGUUGGGAAGUACAAAUCAUUAUUGGAAUGAAACUGUAAGAGAUCCAAUUCUGUGGAGAUACUUUCUGUUGAGGGAUCUUCCUUCUUGGUCUUCUGUUGACUGGAAGUCUCUUCCAGAUCUAGAAAUCUUAAAAAAGCCUAUAUCUGAGGUCACUGAUGGUGCAUUUUUUGAUUACAUGGCAGUCUAUAGAAUGUGCUGUCCAUAUACAAGAAGAGCUUCAAAAUCCAGCCGUCCUAUGUAUGGAGCUGUCACUUCUUUUUUACACUCGCUGAUCAUUCAGAAUGAACCACGAUUUGCUAUGUUUGGACCAGGUUUGGAAGAAUUGAAUACCUCUUUGGUGUUGAGCUUGAUGUCUUCAGAGGAACUUUGCCCAACAGCUGGUUUGCCUCAGAGGCAGAUUGAUGGUAUUGGAUCAGGAGUCAAUUUUCAGUUGAACAACCAACAUAAAUUCAACAUUCUAAUCUUAUAUUCAACUACCAGAAAGGAAAGAGAUAGAGCAAGGGAAGAGCAUACAAGUGCAGUUAACAAGAUGUUCAGUCGACACAAGGAAGGUGAUGAUCAACAAGGAAGCCGGUACAGUGUGAUUCCACAGAUUCAAAAAGUGUGUGAAGUUGUAGAUGGGUUCAUCUAUGUUGCAAAUGCUGAAGCUCAUAAAAGACAUGAAUGGCAAGAUGAAUUUUCUCAUAUUAUGGCAAUGACAGAUCCAGCCUUUGGGUCUUCGGGAAGACCAUUGUUGGUUUUAUCUUGUAUUUCUCAAGGGGAUGUAAAAAGAAUGCCCUGUUUUUAUUUGGCUCAUGAGCUGCAUCUGAAUCUUCUAAAUCACCCAUGGCUGGUCCAGGAUACAGAGGCUGAAACUCUGACUGGUUUUUUGAAUGGCAUUGAGUGGAUUCUUGAAGAAGUGGAAUCUAAGCGUGCAAGAUGAUUCUCUUUUCAGAUCUUGGGAACUGAAACCAUUUGAAAUUUAUUACUAAGGUCGUGAUGUGAAUAUUUGCUCAGUCAGCCCACCUUGUCCUGCCUUUUUGCAGAUGGGCUUUCAUUUGGACAGCUGUAACUGCUGUGUUUUUUAUAUUAUUUUUACUCUUUACCAUAAAUCAAUUACAAGAAAAGAGUUUCAGUCCUAGUAUUUAGCCCCAAAAUGAACCUUUAAACAUUUUUUUGGUAAUUUUUAUAUUUUCUGUCUUUUUAAAAAUAUUAAAUUCUGGAAAAAACAA